GCCCCUGAACGCUGGCGGACCUUGGUCUCCAAACUCUGACAGACGGAGUGAAGCGAGCGCGCCGCACUGAUACACCUUUUGGUUUUUGUGUGGACUGCCGCGUUACCAGAAGAGUUUUUUGAACACCUUUUGGGGUUUUGCACGGAGCCGGCAAAGUGGAUAAAAAAGUUUGGGUAGAAGUUGCUCGAGCGCAUUCUCGCGGAUUUUGGAUUACUUUUACCAAGGGUUUAAGGCCUGACAUCACCAUGCUGCCUUACUUCCUGCUCCUCUUCUUCUCAUUUGGUCUGGUGUUAUCCUCCGACUGCCCAGCUGAGUGUUCCUGCCAGAUGCCAGACUCGGUAUUCUGCAUUCAUAGACACUCCAACGUUGUGCCUCGUGUCUCCACCACCACCCAAAAUCUAUACAUCUUCCAGAAUGGCAUUGACACUUUGUCCCAAGACGACUUCGAAGGCCUGGUGGAAUUGGAGUUGCUAGAUCUGAGCCAGAAUGAGCUGGCAGAGAUUCCUGAUGGUGUGUUUGAGAUGUUGACUAAGCUGAAAAACUUAGACCUUUCCUCUAACCACAUUACACACAUCUCCAAAGGCAGUUUUUCUGGGUUGGUCCAGCUGGAGAGGCUGUAUCUUCAUGCAAACCGCAUUCAGAGCAUCCAUUUGGAAGCUUUUGAAAGUUUAGAGAUGCUACUGGAACUCAAGCUCCAAGGGAACCAGCUCACCUCUCUGCCAGCCCUUCAUUUCCCUAAGCUUCUGCUUCUAGACCUCAGCCACAACAACAUCCCAACUCUGGGACCAUCAGAUCUCAAGACUCCCCACCUUGAAGCCCUUAAGGUGGCCUCUCUGGGGCUUACCUCUGUGGAUGAGGAUCUUAUAGCCUCCCUGGGGAACCUCCAUGAGCUUGACAUCUCCACAAACCAGUUAACUGAGGUGCCCCUGGCCCUAAAGCAGGAUUCCCUCAAGGGGCUAAUCAAGCUCAGCCUGGCUGCCAACCCACUGGGUGAGCUCAGAGUGGAGGACUUCCAGAAACUGAUUGGACUUCAAGAACUGGAUCUCAGUGGACUUAAUCUCCAGGGAUUUUCCCAGAGUUUCUUCCAGACCUUCCCUAGAUUGAUGCACCUGACAGCAGCUGAGAACCCAUUUAACUGCUUGUGUCCAUUAGCCUGGUUCCCUGUUUGGCUAAAAGAAAAGAGUGUAAAUCUUGGGAGGCCUGAGGAAACCAGAUGUCACUUCCCUCUAGUCAAUGCCGGAAAGAUGCUUUCUGCGCUGGAGCACAACGAUUUUGGUUGUCCACCUACCACAACGGUGCUGAUCGGCUCCCCCAUUGGAAGUACUCCUGUUCCCCAGAUGCCCACCACAUCUCCAGAGACCAUCCACACCAAUGCUAUUCCUCCUCCUCCUCCUCCUCCUCCACCCAGUGAGACAACCGUUUCCUCAAAAACAGACAGCCCCCUUUCACCAGAACCUCCAGUAUCCCCAAGCUCCACCAGUGGGGAGCUAGGGGAACACAUCUGCCCAACAAACAUCUGCCUUAAUGGCGGCACUUGUAAUUUUGAUCCACUGGGUCAACUCAGCUGUCUGUGUCCCUCUGGAACUUCUGGCCUCUACUGCGAAAAUAUGGACGAAGUUCCUGAGCCGCCAAAACCUUCAGCAACACAAGUUUUGCCAGUUGUCCCUGCUGUGCCUGUUGAACUUGAUGCCAUCAGCUCACGGCAGGUCACUUCGACAUCUAUCCUUCUUGACCUGCACCGUUUCAUUGAGACACGGCCACACAUCCGUGGCAUCAGGUUGACCUACCGUAACCUCUCAGGGCCUGACCGCCGCCCCAUUAUCCUAAGUGUACCGGCAUCUUACCCUGAGUACACUUUGCGAGGUUUGAGACCAAACUGUACCUACUCAGUCUGUGCCAGUCCCCUGGGUGAAAGAAUCAACUCUAGGGCAAACAUCUCAAUAGAAACAGGGUCGUGUACAGAGGCUCGCACUGAAGGGGUUUCGCAGACAUCCUCAGAGUCCAGGGUGGAGACACAAAGUCCGCUGACAUACACGCUCAUCCCAGCAGUGGCUGCACUGGCACUGGUGCUGGGAUUGGCUGUGGUGGCUGGAACAAUCAUCUGUGUCCGAAAGAGGAGGCAGGCCAAGGCAGAAAUGGAGCUGGAGCUUGGCCCAGCAGAUCCUGAUCCCAUGGAACUGGAGGGCAUGAAGGCAUGUCUGGAGAAUGGGGGAAAUGGUACGCUACCCCAAAAACAGCCUGAGAUUGACCGCUGUCACACUCCGCAGCCGCCUUCAUCAUUGCAACAAAAUGGGGGUUUGGACUAUGAAGUACCCUUGAUGCAAGGACACUGCCCAUCAAAUAACAAUCUAGCAUCCUUAAAGCCAUCUUAUUUCUAAGAUGCUAUAAAAUACAAACACUUGGAAAGAUUUUUGGAAAGAAUGGGCUUGCCCAUUAGAGAAUCCUGUCAUGGCUCACUUAGUGGUUAAAAAUAAAAUUAUCAUUCCAAUAUCAGAAAUCCACAAUUUUAAAAGUGGCACUUACUAUCUUUGUUGUCCAAAUGGCAACACUACAACUAGAUCAUCUAUUUUAGAUACUGAAUGAUGAAAUUAACAUUACAGCAUAUUGGCAAUGUGCUAAACCACUGUGGGACUAUGAUCAGGAUGUGGUUUACAGUCAUCUAGCAGAGUCUAAUGGUGGUGAAACCUAACUAAGUGAUUAAAGUGCAAUCGACUAGAAGGGUCUUAGUAGCAGACUGAAAACGGAAGUGCCUUUUUGCAUUGACAUAACUGUAACCAGUCGCUCAUUUAAGAAAACUUCUUUGUUUAUAUAAAAGAAACUAUGAGGAUGAGCUAUAAUCCUGUUGCUGGAUUUGGGAGAUAUGGGGGAAAGUGCCCCGGGGUUUGAGCUACAAAACUGGAGGAAGUGACAGUGGUGGAAAUAAAAACGGUAAUGCAGAUGAACUCCUGGACUGGUACGAAAUGGGUUUUUGACUGACCCCAACUGCUCUGUGGGGAUUAUAAAAAGAACUUGCACUGAAAAGAAUUUCUUUUCCUCUCCAGUGUCCCAGUCACGAACUGCCACAAGACUGAUGGUCACAUAAAGAAAUGCAAUAAAACAAAACCUUUGAAAAAUAUUUUGCAAAGCUAGUAAAAGGUUGAUGACCGUAAAAAGCUGUCUAAACGUCAUAUUUUGCUGUUGACAUUAUCUAAUCUGAAAGAAAACUUCAAGUUUCUCCACAUGUGGAAUUGGAUUCUUCCGUGUCAACAGAUCUACCAUAAUUCUCUCCACACAUCCUGAGGCUUUUGGCUCUGUGGGAGAUGAAUUUGCUGUGAAAGAUAAAUGGACUGAAUGAAGAGCCAUUGAGAAUGGACUUUGCCUGCAUUGUUCUGUGACGGGAAGGCUGUUUUGUCUAUCUUAUAUCAUGAUAUUCUGUUUUUGCCAUGUUUUUUUUUUGUAUUGUUAUGUUAUUAAGCUUUUUUGCUGUUGAUGUCUAUUCAGUAUUGCCAUCGUUGCGAGUUGAAAGUUUUUAAAUUGUUCUUUGAAAAAGCUUGCAUAAGUCAUCAUGGAUUCUAAAUCUUUUUUACUUGCAUUUUAGGUCACAUGUCACUAAAACUUUCCAGGGCUACUUGCAGUGAGUGCUGAGUAAACACUAGCUUAGAUUCUUGAAAGCACUAAAGCACUAAAAACUACCAACAAUAAUCAAAAAUCUACUAAAAAGUUUUAAUUUAAGGACUAAAUUAUCAUCUUUACAUCAUGCACAGAAUACUUUUGUAUGUGGUUUGCCAAAAAUAUGUUUGAGGAGCUUGCAAAGUCAAUGUAACUAUCAUGUGUCAGACACUUUAUAUACUCUGCAAGGUCUGCCAGCGCUACAAAAGGACAAGCCACAGACUGUUUUUGACAGCCAAAGUUCCCAAAAUUGUGUUCAAAGGCCUUUUGCCGCAAAACCCACUCCUAUAAAGCAGCACACGCGUGCUGAGAAAAGAGAGUAAGUUCAAAGAGCCUGAAGGAAACUUGCUGUGACUGUCAGUGACUUUAAUGCAUAAGUUUCUUCUUGGCACUGCUGACCGAACCGUUUUUUGAGAUACAAUCUAGACAAGGUUCCCCUGUAGCUGUUUGUUCUCACUUCCUCUCACUAGCUCUGUUCCACUCUAACCAUCCAGUGUGUUUUGUUGCCGUAGAAUUAUUGUCAUGUGUGUUUGGAGACGGUUUUGCUUGUUUACGGCCAACCAGACUGUGAAAUGCACAGGCUAAGUGCACCGUUCUGAUGUAUUUGUUCCCUUUUUCCUAUCUGGGGCUGGGAAUGUCACAAGCGUUUAGUGUUACUUCUCCUUUUUUUAUAUAUAUAUAUCUUUUCCUUCCAUGAGAAAGAAUCUUAAUUUGCCAAGUAUAAUAGGUUUACAGAGACAUGCCUAAGCAACAUUCGUGCAGAGCCUUACUGACAUCUUGUAGUGUCAUGUUACAUGCUUUCAAGAACAAAAGGGCCUUUGUUUUAUCUCACAAGAUACUGAAAUAUAUUACAUUACAAACUACAAAUGAAGAAACAUGAAAUGUAAUGUAAUCAGUUGUUAAGAAGACCUUGGUUCUUGGUGAUCUACAGUAACAGUAGAAAGCUUGGAUGACUGGGUUUUAUCAGUUUUUUCAGGUGUGUGUGUUUUUGCUUCCACUACUACAGUACAUUGUCUGCUUUAUAAUUGAGUCCAUGCACUACACUCCAGCACUGUCCAAAAUCAACUUACCAUUCUCUGGCUUCUCCACUUUCCUUAUUCUGUCAAUAUUCCAGUAUAAACACAGACACAGAUGCUCAUAUAUCUGCUCUCCAACAAUAUAUCAAGUGGAAGACUCUUUGCAUGGCUUUGGACAGUGAGAGGAGCAGGAAAUGUUUGAAAUAUUUUCAACAUGCUUGUUACAGAACCUUCCCUGUUUAUUUAGGGAAUAUGUCUUUUUUUCUUGUUUUAUGUUUGUCUAUUACGUCAAUGAUGUUUUUAUGUUUGUGAGAAAAGCAAUGCUGAGAAAAAAGAACAGUAUUAAAAAGGUUUAAUGUUAAA